CACAAUUUCUUUGCCUCAUCGACUAUUAUCUUCAAGAUGUCACAGCUCUCCGACUACCGCCUUCUCUGCUUCGAUGUCUAUGGCACUCUUAUCGACUGGGAAAGCGGAGUACUGGCCGCGUUUGAGCCCACUCUCAAGAAGCAUAACGCCCAGUUCUCACGCGAGCACCUCCUCAAAACAUACUCUGAGCUCGAGAAGGCGCAGCAGACUCUGACCCCGGACCUUCCCUACUACCAACUCCUAGCCACCGUGCAUCCCCAGUUGACCGAGCGGCUGGGUCUGAGCACACCCAGCGAGGAAGAAAGUCGCCUAUUCGGCGAGUCUGUUGGACACUGGCCUGCCUUCCCGGAUACGGUCGAGGCCCUGAAGCGGUUGGCAAAGCACUAUAAGCUAGUGGUGCUCUCUAACGUCGACCGGGGGUCCUUUGGGAAGACGAACGCCGGCAGUCUGCAGGGUUUUCCGUUCGACCUCGUCAUCACUGCGCAGGAUGUUGGCUCGUAUAAGCCAGACCUCCGCAACUUCCAUCAUAUGUUACAAGCUGUCAAGACGCACUUCAGUGUGGAGCCAGAGCAGGUGCUGCAGACGGCGCAGAGCCAGUUUCAUGACCACCACCCGGCCCGAAAGGUGGGCAUCAAAUCGGUCUGGAUUGAGCGACCAGGUGCUGUGAUGGGUAAUCUGCCGGAGACGCUUUAUGAUUGGCGGUUUGAUACCUUGGGAGAUAUGGCUGAUGCUGUGGAGAAAGCUUAGGGGGACGGAAUGUCAAUGAACUUGGUUGAUGGGGGUGUUUUGUUAUGUUCUUGUUGCUGCUGCCCUUCCAAUGAGCCCAUCUGUUAAACCAUAGAGUCAGUGGAGACUGCAAUGAAUUCGAAUAUCAAAUUCUGAUCUUUUCAGUAGAUGGUAGAUCUCGGUC